AUGACUACCGGUGCUAAUACAGAUCAAACACAAUGGCACACAGUUACUUGUGAUGCUCAUACAUAUACAUUACCUAUACGAUAUCAAAAUCCAGUUCGCAUUUCACAAGGGGCUUUUGCUUCUGUCAUUCGAGCUACUGAUACAGAAAUAGGUAAACAAGUAGCUAUUAAGAAAAUGUUUAGGCCAUUUCAAAAUCCAGUACAUGCAAAACGAACUUAUCGUGAACUUAAACUUCUCACGCAUCUCAACCAUAUUGAUGCACAAAUUGUGCAAAUAUAUAAUGUAUUUACACCCGAGCAGGAUGUAAAUCAGUUCCAAACAUUAUACUUUGUAUUUAAUUACUGUCCUUAUGACUUGAAUAAAGUUAUUCGACAUAGUACACAAUUUACUGAAGCGCAUAUCAAACAUAUAAUUUAUUCACUUUUUCGUGGUCUUAAGGAUUUAAAGCCAUCAAAUAUUGGAAUCGAUGAAAAUUCCAAUGUUUCUAUUCUUGAUUUUGGCGUAGCUCAUCUUUUAUCAGACGGUAUUCAAAAUGAAUAUGCUUGUGCGAGAUGGUGGCGUGCACCAGAAGUAUUUAUUCAUUUGGAACGUUAUAAUGAUAAACUUGAUAUAUGGUCAGUUGGUUGUAUAAUGGCAGAAUUAAUCCUACUUAGACCAAUAUUCCGUGGAACAGAUUUUACUGAUCAAUUAAAUAAAAUAUUUGAUAUUAUUGGUACACCCGACUUGACUACAUUAAAUGAAACAUAUACUACAGAACUUCUUUAUAUCAAACAAUAUAAUUAUAAUUAUACCGAAAACUUUUUAGACUCAAUAAGUUAUAUUAGUCGAUUGCAACCUCGAGUAAAAGUCGAUUUUAAUCAGCUGUUUGGUUUCAAAUAUCAGCCAGGAGAAGCAGCUCCAGUAUCUGGCGUUUCAUCACAUGGUAUUGAUCUACUUGAUCAUCUCUUAACUUUUGAUCCUCGUUCACGUCCAACUGCUGAAGAGGCAUUAGCUCAUCCAUUUCUGUCAGAUAUCCGUGAGCCGAUAGAAGAACCAUCUAUGGAACCUGUGGUUGAUGAGCAUCAAGACGCUAACCAGAGUACGGCACAAUGGAAAUCUCUUAUCUGGUCAAUGAUUGAAAAUUUUCAACCUCCAUCUUGGAUUAAUGAAGAUAUUGACAAUAAUAUAUAA